AUAAGAUGGAACCGGUGGCCUGCUAGGGGGGUAAUUAGCCACAAUGGAUGCAGGGACGGAUGGUGCGAAGAAGAAGAAGAAGAAAUGGGAAGAAGGGGAGCCGCUGCCGGAGGAGAAGCUGAAGACGGUGCUCCUGUGCACGGCUUUCGUGUACAAGGCGAUGAACGGGCUGGGCACGCUGGCGACCAUCUGGGCCACCGUCGUCCUGCUCGGCGGCUUCUCCACCCUCAUCAAGAAGCAGGACUUCUGGUACGUCACCGUCAUCGCCUUCGUCCAAUCCAUCGGGAUUCUGGGUGGAUACGAGGAUCCUGCGCAUCAAAUGUUCUUGCGCGCACCACAAGCACUGAUAGAAAACAAGGCGGUGACAGCUUUGGAGCAAAAAAUGAGCUGGUGGAGGCGCAGAACAACAACAACACAGCAGCAGCAGCAGCAGCAGAAGAAGAGAAACCAUGGAAGGACCAGUAGAAGGAAGCAGGAAGAGAAAACAUGGACCUUGUGCAACAUCUACGGGUGCCGGUCCAGGAUCGGGUUCGCCAUCAGAGCUAUCAUGUGGUUAGCCCAGGUUGCCGCCGCCGGAACCUUCGUAGCCCUGUCCUGGAAGCGUAUCAGGAAGCAAGACUACGUUGAUCCAGAGUUCAUUGGGCAGGACGACCACCAGAACAUCACCUGGUCACUCAACAUCUUCUACUACCUGGUGCUUGCCCAGGGGAUCAUCUUCAUCUCCAUGAUGCUGAUCCCAUUGACUGAAUGUUUCAAGGUUUUAGCCUUGAGGAAGUACAUGCUGUUUGAGCCCUCCGGUCGCAAGAUACUCUUCCUUUACACCCAGAACAGUUACCUGGAGUUCAUCGCUGGGAAUGUGAGUGCCAUUGUCGGCAUGAACCUGGUCACUUUUGCCAAGAACUUGGCGGUGUCCAGCACGGUUGAUGACCAGUUACUUGGCGUUCGCGCCAUGGACCGCAUCCUCAGGUCACUGGAGUUUGGAAGCCUGGCCCUUAGGAGGCUCCAAGCUUCCAUGGAACCCGACGAUCUGGUGAAGCUGCUCAAUAUGCUAGGCUUCGUCAGGACAGCCAUCGAUCAGGACAUCAGAGGCCAUGCUGCAAGAGUAGUUCUGAAGCUCAGUCCAGACCUUCUGGUUCAGAGUUGUCCUCAAAUCCUCUGUCUCAUAUCUUCUUCCCUGCUCAGCACAUCAUACAACAGGGUGUCCAAAAUGGAUUUUGACCUAAUCUGGUUUGGACUACACAUCCUGGACAAGCUCACGGACAACCCAGACAACUGUAGGCAAGCCAAAGACGACGACAGUGAUCUACUGUCCAGGAUUAUAGACCUCACUAACCUGUGUGGUCAUGGCCGUGGCAGCACAAGGAGUAACGACAUCAUUUCUGACUCUUGGAUUGAGCAAGAGUUCAUGCCUUUGCUUCAAAAAGAAGACGAUAUUCCUCCUCCACUCAUCAACAAGAUUGACCGAGAAAUUAUUGCUGGCAUGGCACUUAACAUAUUGAGCAAGCUCGUCGCUGCACCAGGCGCUGCUGGGGUUUGCCUCAGGGAAGAAACCUCAAGAAAUUUGCAGUUCCUGACCAACACUGGGAUGAUCUUGGAGCAUGUUCAUGCAGCAAGAGUCAUAUCAUGCUUAGCAGUGGAUAAGGCAGCACGACAAGAUAUUGGCAAGUUGCCUGAGAUCAUCAAGAACCUUAAGGAUUGUCUACUUUCCAAGACAUGGCCGUACAUAAAUAUAACUAAAGUAGCUGCCAAGUUGUUGCUUCUGGAGUACAGCAGCGAGGAAUUAUUAAACCAAAUCCAGCUUUUCAUUGAGGAAAAUCGUACCGUGGAAGAUCAAAGCUUUUCAAUACCAAUUUCAGCCUUCAUAGAAGAACUUGAUCUGGAUCAACUUCUCCAGUCAAGGAGAAAGACACUGGUACAGACACUUGAUCUGGAAGAUCUACUCUCCUUGCCACGGGUGAAUCACUCUGCGGAAGCUGCUAAAGCAUUGAUUCUGCUCACCACCGAAUGUGAACAAAAUGUUGAAGCUUUCCUACAACAGAUCAAUAGUGAACAAGAGUUAAACAAGAUAGUGAAGGCACUCUCGUCUGAAGAUGAAGAGAAAGAGAAGAAAAGGGUGCUGGCACACUUUGAAGGACGACGUAGUCUACGAUCAGAAACAUUACACACAGUCAAAAAAAUAAUCUGGGCUGAGGAUGAAGAAGACACAAAAAGUUUGCAUGCAAAACUCCUGGUGAAUUUGCGUGCCUACUCAGGACCAAAAGGAUUUGAUAUGCACUUGAUAGAUGAUGCACUGCCAAAGGUGUUCAAAGUAGUCAUAGAUGCAACGGCGACUUUGGAGGAUCCAUCAUCAUCAGAAAAUCUGGACCAUGUAAAGGAUGACCUGUGGGUUAAACAGGGCAAAGUACUAGAGAGCUUUAUAGGCCUUGCGGUGCAGAUUUGUAGUUCACCGAACACAACAAGUGACUUUUCCAAGGCACUGAAGGAUGCCAAUCUUAGUGUGGACACAUUUGUCAAGAACCUUAAGAAGAUUUUAGAAGCGUACAAGCCUCCAAUUACUGAUUUUCCAUGUAUAAGGAUAUUCACACUUGAAUUAUUGACUUGGAUGGUCGAAGAAAACAGCAGCUACAGAGAAAUAAUCCUACAAUGUGGAGUAUACGAGGAACUAAAUGAAGUGGCAAGAACUGCUAGAAAACUUGAGAGCUUCAAGCUGUUUCACUGCGGUGUCGGGGUUCCUAAGGAUGGUACUCACGGAUGCAUCUCUUCCUUUGCAACUAAAUUACAAGAAAAGCUGCGGCAAAGCCCCAAUUUCAAAGAAAGAUACGGCUGCUACGGAGAACAUGCAAGCAGCAUAUCGGUUUUAAUUGCUUAAAACAGUCAUCUGCUUGGUUCUUUUUGUCCACCAUCAUCAUCAUCAGUCAGCGUUUGUGCCAACCAAAAUUCGUGUUUGAGUCAUCGUGUUCUCUUCAUUUGGAUAGUGUGUCAGAGUGGUUGUGUUUUUGAGCCCAGUGUCAGUAUUUUGUGAGACUACAAUAAUUUCCAUGGAUACUAUCAGAUUACCAUGGUAUGCUACAAUAUGGUGCUUCUAUGCUUGUAUUGUGUGAUUUUUCUUCUACAGAUAAAUUUUCAGAAACUCCAGAAUAAUUCUCAGCCAAGUGUGCUCUAAAGAAUCAAGU